AGACAAAUAAAUCUACAAAUUAUUUAUUUAUUUAUUUAUUUAUUUUUGGAGGUAUAAUUUUGAGAAACCAAAACCACCCCACCAUUUGAUUUUCCGCCAUUAAUGGAAGAAAAAUGGAAGCUUUCCAGAAAGGAAUCUUCUUCUUCUUCUUCUAAGUCCUUCUUCUCCAGAACCUCUUCCUCCAAGCUGCCAUUGCUAAGAAGCUUAUCCCAUAAGCACACUCCCUCCGCCGCCGCCGCCGCCGCCGCCUCCUCCUCCGCCAAGUCCCCCUUCGAUCUCCGCCGCAGCUCCUCCCAGAAAAACCCCUCCAUUGGCCACAAAUGCAGCAGCUUGGCUAAAGAACAAAAGGCCAGAUUUUACAUCAUGCGACGAUGUGUCGCAAUGCUUGUCUGUUGGCAUAAACAUGGCGAUCCAUGAACAAAACAUAGCGCUUGUAUGUGAGAGACAAAUGUCAGAUUCAGCAAACGGAAGCGAGAAAAAGAUAGUGAAAUCAAGGAGACGAAUCACUCACGAGUAAGGGAAUCUAAAUACGACUCUAGAAUGAUAUCAGCCUUUAAGUGCAAAGUAUCCCAGUUGAAGCCAAAAAUUCGGGAUAGUCAGCCUCUAUACAUGUUACCACUUACGGUGAGGAAUGAAUUCCAACGGAAAAAACAAA